UAUAUAAACGGGAGAACCCAGAGGACUACAAGAGCUAGAGAACGCGAGCUUGGAACGAUGGCAGCAUCGGGCAUCGGCUUUCCUCCCGGCUUGAAGUUUUAUCCAACAGACAAGGACCUUGUUCUUCACUAUCUCUAUAGAAAGGUUACGCUUCCUUCCGGAGAACCAGAAUUUAUUGCAGAGAUUGACCUCCACAAGUAUGAUCCAUGGGAGCUACCAGGUGAGGCGCUGGGUGGGGGUAGAGAGUGGUAUUUCUACAGCAGAAGGCAAAGAAGCCAGAGAAAGAACUCCAUAGAGUACCAGACUGCGGCAUCGGGAUACUGGAUGGUGACAGAGAUGGAGGAACCCAUAUUAAAUGGAGGAAAGACAGUCGGGCAUAAGAGGUCUCUCGUCUUCUGCACAGGGAAAGCUCCCCUGGGCACCAGAACCAGCUGGGUUAUGGAUGAGUACCGUCUCGCAGACUCCAUGAUCAAAGGCUCUAAGAAGCGUGGAGCUUCAAAAUCUGUUUCAGGAGACUGGGUUCUAUGCCGGAUUCACGAGAGGGAUGUGGAGACAGAUUCGAGUUACGGUGACGAUGGGAGGGAACUCUCCUGCCUUGAUGAGAUCUUCGUUUCACUGGACGACUUGGACGAGAUCAGUCUCCCAUGCUCUUCUAGUGACAGAUUCAUUCAAUAGCACUUCUUCUUCUUCUUCUUUUGUUGUUCUGCUCUUACUGUUAUUACAAUGUAUUGUAACGGAGAAAUGUAUUGUACUGAAGAUCAUAUUACGUUACCCAAUGGAAAAAACAUGAAAAAGAUAAGAGGCC